AUGGGGGCGUUGGGUUGCGUCGUGCGCGUGAGCGCUCUGCUGCUGCUCCUCUGCGGGGCGCUGACAGGGAUCCUCCUGCCGCCGCCCGCGCGGGCCGCCGCCGUCACCUCGCCAAAAUGCUACUUGUAUGGUUUGCCUGGAUGUCCAAAGAACUUUAAUCCGGUUUGUGGGACUGAUGGGCACACGUAUCCAAACGAGUGUGCACUUUGCCUUUCAAACAGGGAAAAUAGGAGGGAUGUCAAAAUUAGCUGGAAGGGAUACUGCUAAUAUGAUAGUAUUAAACUUUGAAGAAUAUGGAACAGAUGAAAGCCAAUCUGAAGAGGAAACAGUGUCUUAAAUCUGCCUUCUAAGUAGUUUAGUCUAAUUAAAUAAAAUGCCUAUU